ACAAAGUACAUACAGUAUGUACAGUAAGUUCAUGAGACUCUAUCUUUGUGAUGGUGAUGAAGGGUCGCAGUGUGCUGUGACUUCUCGCGCAGGCGGCUGGUAUUUCAGUAUGGAGGAGAGAGAGGGGAGGUGAAAGUUCACCAUGGCUUGGGCAUAUCAGGUGACAAUGUGGAAAAGUUUGGUUGCCUCGGCAUAUUAAAUGUCUCAGACUCGGACCAUGACAAGCAAAGGGACAUACAAAGAGGUUUACGGGAAAAUCGACGCGCUGCCCUUCGAUUAUUAUGAGGACGAUGACGGUUUCGACACAUUCACGGACGGGGACGGAGACUGCGGCUGUGAUGAAGGAGUUCUUGGGUGCAGCGAUCCGUUCAGCAGUGAGGUAAAACCUCGAAUCCUGCUCAUGGGCCUGCGGAGAAGCGGCAAGUCAUCCAUUCAGAAAGUUGUAUUUCACAAGAUGUCACCCAACGAGACGCUCUUCCUGGAGAGCACCAAUAAGAUUUGCCGAGAGGAUGUAUCCAACAGUUCUUUUGUCAGCUUCCAAAUCUGGGACUUCCCCGGGCAGAUUGAUUUCUUCGACCCCACGUUUGACUACGAGAUGAUAUUUCGCGGAACGGGGGCUCUCAUCUUUGUGAUAGAUUCACAGGACGAUUAUGUGGAGGCAUUAAGCAGACUUCACCUCACUGUGACAAGGGCCUACAAGGUCAAUCCAGACAUCAACUUCGAGGUGUUUAUCCACAAGGUGGACGGACUGUCAGAUGACCACAAGAUUGAGAAACAGAGUGACAUCCAUAAACGAGCCAAUGAUGAUCUAGCUGAUGCUGGUUUAGAAAGAAUACACCUAAGCUUUUACCUGACAAGCAUCUAUGAUCAUUCGAUUUUCGAGGCCUUCAGCAAAGUCGUGCAGAAACUGAUUCCUCAGCUUCCGACUCUUGAGAAUCUGCUCAACAUUUUCAUAUCUAAUUCAGGGAUUGAAAAGGCUUUUCUCUUUGAUGUGGUUAGUAAGAUUUACAUAGCGACAGACAGCAGCCCGGUGGAUAUGCAGACCUACGAAUUGUGUUGCGACAUGAUAGAUGUUGUUAUUGACAUCUCGUGCAUCUACGGGUUGACUGGGGAUGAGACAGGAACUCCUUAUGACAAAGAGUCCAUGGCCAUAAUUCACCUGAACAACACGACUGUCAUGUACCUUAAGGAAGUCACAAAAUUUCUCGCUCUGGUGUGUUUCAUCAGAGAGGAGAGUUUUGAGAGGAAAGGACUCAUCGACUACAAUUUCCACUGUUUCAAGAAAGCCAUAGAGGAUGUGUUUGAUGUGCGAUUACAAGUGCAGAGAAAUCGCAAGCUUUUAAGCCAGAGACGCUGGAGCAGACAGACGGUGCCUAAUGGACCUCAGUUGCAUCCCCAUUGAAGAGCAGUGGAAAGCUGUCCAGUCUGUUGCUGUGUCUCAGAAGUGAAGGAUUCACGCAGACUUGAUUGUUCGCUGGUUCUGAAGGGCCACUUACUGCUCUACAGGAAUCCAGAAUGUCAAUACACAACGCAUUGUGCGUUCAAAGCCUUGCACUGCUGAACUUAGUUGCCCAUGUGUUAACUGUCUGCGAGGAAGCAACUUUUUUUUUACAGAAGGAGGCCGUUAAUAGUUUUCCACAAAAUCUAAUGCACAGUUUUUAAAGUCUGAUGCAUCAGAUAAUGCUGAUAAAGUGCUUUUUGUAUAUAGGGCACAAACAGCUUUUACAAUAUAAUAGUAGCAAAUAUGCAUUGUAAAACAGUGGAAUAUUUUUGGAAUAUUUAAAGAUGCAAUGCGUAACUUUUGCGCCUUUAUUGCAAUAUGUGUUUGAAACAUAAAACUGCAACUUUAGGUACUUAUCUUUACAUGUAUUGAAGUUAAAUAAUGUAAAAACCAGCGAAAUCAAACCAGACAGCACACAUUAUAAAUCUAUAUUAUAAGACGAGGAGACCACUCCUUUGUCUUUUAUGUACUUAUUUUCUUUAUUUUUAACAUUUUACACUAAAAAAGUUACAGAUCAGUGCAAAUUAUGUAUAUAUAUAUAUUUUUUUUUAACCCCUUGAUCUAAAGUGAAGCCUAUUUUUUUCUCUGUCCAGCUUAAUAUGCAGAGUAUAACUAUACUUAAUAAGUUAUUACUUAAUAACUAUAAGUAAGCCAUUUGUUAGAAGUGUAAACCUUUUUGUAAAUCGUUACAACAUUGCUAUUAUGUUCAGAAAAACAAUCAUGAUGUGUGUUCGACUACAUGCAAUGUUGUGUAGGUUGAUUGACAUCAAAGUAGCGCAAAAACGAUUCAAAAGCUUUUAAAUUCACAACUUUCAAUUUUCACGAUUUUUGCGGUAUUUUGAUGUCAUAACCUUUUUGGUCUGCGACGCACAAAGUUUAACACGCAUAUUGUUUUCACGAUGCUAGUGGCACAACCUUUUUUUGUGGUUCAGCAAUUUUCCUUUUUGAAAUUAAUAAUAAACUCAGAAAAAAAUGUUUUCAUUACCCCUGCAAUACUUCUGUAUUUUUUAUUACUACUUCAUUUGAUAGAUAUGACCAUUUACUUUCUUUACUUUCUCAGUUGUGCCUAAAGCAGAAACAUGUCAGCAAACACAACAAAGUUACAGCAAAGAGCAUAGUUGUUCUGCAUCUGCAUAUAUGGUCUACAAGCUCAAAAAUUAAUAAAGGGUUUAAUGCCUUUGCAGUGGGAGGCGUCUCGCUGUGGGGUUACAGCACCAGCACUAAUCCCAGGGGAUACCUUUGCCUCGCGAUGCUGGGUAAAUCUCAUGAGGUCAGAGCCGAUUACGCAAGAGCUGCUCCUCUUCUGGACGCACACGAAAUCAUCUGUAGUGAAACUACAAUGUGUUAUGUAAGACAAUUUCAUGUUUAGUGUUAUAAUCUCUAUCAGAAGGCCGAGCGCUAUUUACUCGGCAUGAACAGGGACCCAUCUGUGAGCGAGGGCUUCUCCUCGCAUGUAUUGUUAAGCGCAGGGUGAGGGUAGUUAGGUUGAAGCACUCUCUUAUAAAUGUGAACAUGUUAGAAUAUUGAAAGGGUAUAUCAUCAUUUUGAAUAGCUAUGUUAUACCGAGUGUCGUUUAAAUCCAUCACUCUUAGUUCUCAGGGCAGGCACAUCUAGUCAGCA